GAUAAUGACCCAAAUGCAUUUACUAGUCUAAGCUACCACCAUGACUAUUACCAAUGUUACAACCGAACUACUUCGUAUUAUCUUAUGCCACUUUCUCUUCAUAGUACGUUUCAAAAUCUAUUAACAGCUACGAAACAUGAGUAGCGCCGCCUUUAAGGUUGCUGUGUUGGGAAGUGGAAUUUCAGGAGCAGUGUGUGCUUCAACUCUUGCACGAAAUGGGAUUUCUGUCACUCUCUUUGAGUCAGCUAGAGGCCCUGGUGGACGCAUGUCCCAAAGAAGGGAGAAAACUGAAGAUGGGAAGGAGCUGCAUUUUGACCAUGGUGCUCCAUUUUUCUCAGUUAGCAAGUCUGAAGUGUUAAACCUGGUUCAAGAGUGGGAAUCAAGGAGUCUUGUAGCUGAAUGGAAAGAAAAGUUUGGCUCGUUCGAUUUUCAUGCCCGUAAAUUUAACAACAUAGAACAGGAAAGUUUAAGCAAGAGAUAUGUGGGUGUUCCAGGCAUGAAUUCUAUAUGCAAAGCAUUAUGCAAUGAGAGUGGUGUGGAAAGCAAGUUCGGUGCAAGUAUUGGAAAAAUUGAAUGGUUGGAUGAUGAGAAACUGUGGUCAUUGAUAGGGGUGGAUGGGCAAAAUCUUGGUCAAUUUAAGGGGCUUGUUGCAUCAGACAAGAAUAUAGUUUCUCCCAGGGUUGCAGAAGUGACAGGACGGUUGCCACCACUUGAUAUAAAAUUUGUGCCGGAGAUAUCAGAAAAGUUGCACAAUCUUCCUGUUAAGCCAUGUUUUGUUGUAAUGCUGGCAUUUGCAGAGCCUCUAUCAAAAAUUCCAGUGAAGGCCUUUUCUUUUGAAAAUUCUAAAGUUUUAAGCUGGGCUUAUUGUGAUAGCAGCAAGCCAAGCCAUUCUACUGCAAGUGAAAGAUGGAUUCUCCAUUCUACAGCAGAAUAUGCAGAGGAUAUAAUUGCUCAAACUGGACUCAAGAAGCCCUCAGACAGUACACUGAAUAAAGUGGCUGAACAGCUUUUCCAAGAAUUUCAAGGCACAGGGCUUAACAUAUCUCAACCAUUUUUUAAAAAAGCACAUAGAUGGGGCAGUGCAUUUCCAGCUGCUAGUAUUGCCCAAGAAAACAAAUGUCUUUGGGACAGAAACAAGAGAGUAGCCAUCUGUGGAGACUUCUGUGUUAGUCCCAAUGUUGAAGGUGCCAUAGACAGUGGCUUGGCAGCAGCAUUAAGGCUUAAAGAAAGUCUCAGCUCUUUAUAGUUGGACCCUUGGGCAUUAUUAUUUGUACUUGACCAAACUUUGGCAUAAAGAUAGUUUCUUUAUUUGUGUUUUUCUUUUCCUGGGAAACUCAUGAUCUAAACUUCUUUAAGACAUUGCUGUGUUACAAAGUAGAUAAUAAGGUAAACACGUUUUAAGUACACAAGAUGAUAGCCAAAUCUACCAUUAACUGUGGUAGUGUGCUUUCAUUCUCAAAAUAUCAGCAUCCAAAAUCCAAUGGUUAAAGUGUGUUUAU